ACAAUCCCCUGCCCCUGUUAUUUGCAUUCACAACAUCAACCAAAAAUAUCCCAUACUCCAAUAUACCAAUAAUUCUGUCCUCAACACAUCUAUAUUCUUCUCUAUAAGAAUUAUAGUGUGUAAUUACUAGACUCUAUAAUUAUUAGACUACGAUCAAAAUGUCAAUAGUUAGAAUGGAAGAAGUGGUAACACCACAAUUUUGUAAACCACCAACACCACCUCUGCCUAAGACAAAAGGCAUAUUGUCAAUUCUUGGAUCAGAUACUCAAAGAGGCAAGUCAAGUGUAUCCUCUAUUAGAAGAACAUUUUCUGCUGAUAUGUCAUCCAAAAAAUGGCUUGUACAAAAUGGUUUCUUCUCUCCAAUAAAAAAGAUUGCUUCAUCUAAAGAUCUUCUUCUUUCGAGCUCCUUUGAAGAAGAAGAAGAAGAAGAAGAAGAAGAGGAGGAGCUUGAAAGACGAAAAUCAUCAUUUGAUGUUUGGAGUUCAAUUUUAUCACCAAAGAAAGAUGAGAUCUCCAAUCUACAAACUCCAUAUAUUCACCCACUUGUUAAAAGAUCAACAAGUUCUUUGAGUGAAAAAAGUCUUGAAAUUUGUACAGAAAAUCUUGGAUCAGAGAAUGGUUCUGAUGGUUUUUCCUCCUACACUCCUUUUGAGAAUGGAGAUGUAGACGAGGACAAACACGAUCAACAACAAUACCACUCGCAAUUCUAUGAGGAAUUGCAAGUUGUAAAGUAUAAUUAUAACAAGAGAUCAUCAUCUUUUCCUCCUCCAAUUCCUUCCUUGGCUAGAGAUGACAACAAGCCUUCUAUUCAAAUGCAAUCUCGACGUCAAGAUGGUAGAUUGAUUCUUGAAGCUAUUUCUACUCCUCCUCGAAAUAUUUUCCAUGCUCAUCGCCAUGAUGGUCGCCUUCUUCUCACCUUUGUUGAUGAUAGUACUUACACUUCACCAUCAGAACUAGAGAUGGAGGAAUAUGGUGAAGAAUUUAAUCAAAUUUUCGACGAUAUUGAUGAUCAUUCACCUCAAUUUGAUCAUAAAAGUGAUGAUUGUCAUGAACAAGAGGAAGAAAAUGGGAUUGUUGUGAUGGAACAGAGGCCAAAAUUGUCAAGUGGGGUGAUAAAUAUGAAGACAUCAUCCCUGAUGAUGAUGUUAGAUUCUCCAAUUGAAACAAGGAAAAAGUCAAUUCAAUUCCCGAUGGGAACAAAAUUUCCUAAAUUCUCCUCCGAACUAAAAGGUCAUUUGUGGCUAGGAAACAAGAAUCUAAUAACAUGGUCCAAUAAGUUCAAUAAUGUCGUCAACUUGACAAGUUCUGUGGAUUCAACUGAACUAACUAAAGAGCUAAGUCAAAUAGCCUCAGUUUCUCAGUCACUCUCAGCUCAAGCGACCGCGACCUCUUUCAAUGCCUAUGAGUAUUUUUGGAGGAAGAAGCCUACAAUUGCAAAAGAAUGCAACAACUAUACCACUAAGCAUGUUGUUGUUGCAUCCAAUAGUACUACUCCUAAUGCCCAGGGUACAACAAAAGUAGCAACAUAUGAGGAGCAAAACUUGGUGUUAAUGAGAGGGAACAGAGCAAAUUAUAACUAUUUGGUACCUUUGCAAAGAGGAUGCAAAGAGCCAAAAACAUCUUUACUAAUUUGGGAGCCUUAUUGCAUUGUCACCUCAUGACGACAUUUUUCUUGAAGAGGCUAAUCUUACUAAACUAUGUAAAACAAAAAAAAAUGCCUUCUCAUAUUAUUAUUUUUCCUUUUUGGCAAGUAGAGGAAGAAAAAAGGGUUCUUUAUCAAAACUAGUAAAUAUAGUUUCUUUAACCAUUUUGUGGGGCUGCUGCUUAAAUUAUAUUCUACUUUUCUAGACUUUAUGUUAAAAGAAAUAUCAUAAUAUUGAAAUUGCACUAUCAAAAUUUUUAAUUUGAUAUGGUAAUUCAAUAUCUUACGAUAUCUAGCGGAUCAUACCCUUUAGUGGUGGAAUUAGAAUUUUUACUAAGGGAGUUUGAAAUAUAAAAAGUAAA